CUAACAGUUUUACAGUUACGGCUUCAGCAGAGAAGAACCCGUGAGCAGCUGGCAGACCAGGGCAUCAUGCCACCACUGAAAAGCCCAUCUGCAUUCCAUGAACAAAGGAAAAACCUGGAGAGAGCCAAGACUGAGGAUUACCUAAAGCACAAGAUCAGAAGCAGGCCUGAGCAAUCAGACCUGGUCAAUAUGCACAUUUUACAAGACUCAGCUGCAGAGGGGUCCAUUCAAGCUACUCAGAUGAAGCUGAAAAGAGCCCGACUUGCAGAUGAUCUCAAUGAAAAAAUUGCUCUCAGACCAGGUCCUUUGGAGCUGGUGGAGAAGAAUAUUAUUCCUGUUGACUUAGCUGUGAAAGAGGCAAUAAAAGGUGCCCAGGGGAGCUUCUCUAAAUCAGCUGAUGCUUUUGCGUUUGAAGAAGACAGUAGCAAUGAUGGCCUGUCCCCAGAGCAGGCCAGGAGGGAGGAUUCGCAGGGCUCCACAGAAUCACCAGCAGGCACCAAAACCUCAGAGGCAAUUUCCUCUGCCACAUCAGGGACAACUCAGGAUCAUUCCCACAGCUCUGAAAACAACGUGACUGACCUGACAUCAGUGCAAAACAGCCAGUGUGAAAGCCCAAAGCAGGUGAACGGCCAGCAGAGCCCACCCCUCCCGGUGCCUGCAGUGGUGAAGUCAAAAUCAUCCAGUGAUAGCAAGAACCGCCACAAAAAGCCCAAGGACACCAAGCCAAAGGUGAAGAAGCUGAAGUAUCACCAGUACAUUCCGCCUGACCAGAAAGCAGAGAAGUCUCCUCCGCCCAUGGACUCAGCCUAUGCUAGACUCCUCCAACAGCAGCAGCUCUUCCUGCAGCUACAAAUCCUCAGCCAGCAGCAGCAGCAGCACUUCAGCUACCCUGGAAUCCACCAAGCACAGCACAAGCAACCAAGUGAGCAAAUGGUCAAAAGUUCAAACUCUUCAUCAACUCCAGUCACCAACAUACCCCUUUCUCCAGUGAAAACCACUUUUUCCGGACAGACCUGUGUUUCUUCUAUCAAACCAGGCCCUCUCCCUUCCAACCUGGAUGAUCUGAAAGUGUCAGAACUGAGGCAGCAGCUCCGAAUAAGAGGCCUCCCCGUAUCCGGUACAAAAACAGCACUGAUGGAACGUCUGCGGCCUUUCCAGGACUGCAGUGGCAGUGUGGUGCCAAACUUCAAUGAAAUAACAACGGUCACCUUUCCAGUCACCCCAACAAACACGCUGUCCAGCUACCAGUCACAGCCCUCGGCCAGCAUGCUAUCCAGCAGCUUCUAUCAGUUUGGCAGCACCAGCUCCUCCCCACCCAUCUCCCCAGCAUCCUCUGACCUUUCCGUCAGUGGCUCUUUACCAGACACAUUCAACGAUGGACCAAUGACUUCCCCACAGUUUGGUCUCCAACCAUCCCCUGUGCAUGGCAGUGCUGAAGAAAGCCUAAUGGGCAGCAUGAAUGGAGGGAGCAUCCAGUUGGAACUGGAAGGGAUCGACACAGAGAAAGACAAGAUGCUGGUGGAAAAGCAGAAGGUUAUCAAUGAACUGACGUGGAAGCUGCAACAAGAGCAGAGACAGGUGGAAGAGCUGCGGAUGCAACUCCAGAAGCGAAAAAGGAACAAUGGCUUGGAGGAGAAGCAGCCACCCACCCAGCAUUUCUUCGGUGUUCCCAUCAAGCAAGAAAACACAGUAUCCAGCUGUCCAUUCUCAUCAAAACAAACUGCCUUGAAAGCCCAAGCCAACAGCUUGGAUAAACUAAGUAACUGUGGGACGCCGCAGCUGCCUCACAUUGUAAACAGCCUUUGCAUGGAGUCAGCGGGCCAGAGCACCAUCACCUCCUCCACGUUUCUAAGCCCACAGUGCUCUCCACAGCAUUCUCCACUUGGGACUGCAAAGAGCCCACAGCAUAUCAGUCUGCCACCAUCCCCUAACAGCCAUUACCUUCUCUCUGUGUCCCCUGGCUCUCAGGGAGAAGGGCGCAGUGUUUCCCCACAGGCCAGCAAUCGACUUCGCCCAGCACCGAUGGCUACGCAGGCAGGUCAAAAGUUUUCUAUUCCAUCCCCAAGUUUUUGUAAGUCAAGCCCAGCCCUCUCGGAGGUAAAGCAGCCUCCAUCCUAUGCGGAUGCAGUGAAGCAGCAGAUGACUCGAAGUCAGCAAAUGGACGAGCUCCUGGAUGUGCUGAUUGAGAGUGGAGAAAUGCCAGCCAUUGCCAAAGAAGAUCGUUCCUGCCUCCAAAAAGUACCUCAGAUAACGGUGUCUUCAGGGAAUGCCAGCGCUUCACUUCCAAAGGCCUCUGCUCCAUUUGAACAUGUUUCCUCAGCCCAACUCUCAUUUGACCACUGCACUGGCAGCAAUGACACUCACCUCGAAGUCUUAUUAAAUUCCCAGAGUCCCCUGGGAAAGGUCAGCGAGAUCCCCCUCCUGAAAAUGGGCGGUGAGGAGUCUCACUUUGAAGGGCUGAUCGAUGGGUUUUCCAGCAAAGUUGCAGAUGAACUUCUGACAUCCCAGGAGAUUCCUCUCUCGCCCAUGGAGACCCAACUGUCCCCCUCCUCCGCUGAAGGCUCCGGUUUACAAAUGAGUUUCACUGAAUCGCCCUGGGAAACGAUGGAAUGGCUGGAUCUCACCCCACCUAGCUCAGCCACUGGCUUUGGCUCUUUCACCACCACCGGGCCCAGCCUCUUCAAUAUAGAUUUCCUAGACGUCACUGAUCUCAGCUUAAACACCACCAUGGACCUUCACUUACAGCAGUGGUGA